UACUCUAUCGGUUUAUUUAUUCACUUUCUACGCUUACUUCGCCUUCAAUGAUUGAAUGCGGCCAUCACUAUAAAUGUUAAGUCCCUGUCAAUCAUGUUUUUGCUCGAUCGGAAUCACUUCAAUUUCGGAACCCUAGAAAGCUCUGCUUCGGGGUUCAAUUCUGAAUUUCUCGAUUCUUUUACUCAAUUCAAUUAAUGGAGCGUCUAUUGAUGUCAUUGCGAUGUGCAAUUUUUCUUCUGUGGUUGAAUUUUUGGGUUCCAAUUUACUGUUCUUCGCCAAAUGCGAAUCAGGAGAGUGAUAGAAUCACUUAUUUGCCAGGGCAACCUGGAGCCGUUGGAUUCAAUCAGUACUCAGGCUAUGUGACGGUGGAUCAACGGGCUGGGAGAGCUUUGUUUUAUUGGUUAACGGAAUCUCCGGCCGAUCGGCGGCCGGAGUUGAGGCCACUUGUUUUGUGGCUCAAUGGCGGCCCUGGAUGCUCUUCUGUGGCUUUUGGAGCUGCAGAGGAGAUCGGUCCUUUUAGGAUUCGAUCGGACGGGAAGACAUUGUACCUCAAUCCUUAUUCCUGGAACAAAUUGGCGAACUUGCUAUUCCUAGAGUCCCCGGCCGGCGUUGGUUUUUCGUAUUCGAAUACUUCGACGGAUUUGUAUACUGUAGGUGAUCAAAGAACAGCCGAAGAUGCAUACACAUUUCUGAUGAACUGGCUCGAGCGGUUUCCUCAGUAUAAACAUAGAGAUUUUUACAUUGCUGGAGAAAGUUACGCAGGACAUUAUGUUCCACAACUAGCUGAAGUCAUUUACCGAAGAAACCAAGGAAUUCGAAAUCCCAUUAUUAAUUUCAAGGGAUUCUUGGUGGGGAAUGCUGUGACUGAUGAUUUCCAUGAUUAUAUUGGCACAUUUGAGUAUUGGUGGAGCCAUGGUUUAAUUUCAGAUUCGACGUACAAACUUCUGCGUACAACCUGUAACUCAGGCUCUUCCGUUCAUCCAUCGAAUGACUGUGUCAAAUCUCUUGAACUAGCCAAUCGAGAAAUGGGGAACAUCGAUCCAUAUAGCGUAUACACUGCGCCCUGCAACAGCACUUCGUCCCUUAGGCGUGGAUUAAGGGGUCGCUACCCAUGGAUGUCUCGAGCAUACGACCCGUGCACUGAAAGGUACUCUAAGAUUUUCUUCAACCUGCCCGAUGUGCAAAAAGCAAUGCACGCUAAUACGACGAGGCUUACCUACCAAUGGCAGACGUGCAGCGAUACAGUUGGUAACUACUGGACUGACUCUCCAAUGUCAAUGCUUCCGAUAUAUAAAGAACUUAUUGCCGCGGGUCUCAGGAUUUGGGUGUUUAGCGGGGAUACUGAUUCAGUGGUGCCCAUUACAGCAACUCGUUAUUCGAUUGAUGCUUUGCGGCUCCCAACCGUAACAAAAUGGUACCCUUGGUACGACAGCGGAAAGGUUGGUGGAUGGAGCCAAGUGUACAAAGGAUUGACAUUAGUGAGCGUGACGGGAGCAGGGCACGAGGUGCCUUUGCAUCGCCCGCGACAAGCAUUUAUUCUUUUUAGAUCAUUCUUGGAGAACCGUCCCAUGCCUACGUGAUUCAAGUUUGUUUUAGAACGAAUAUUUCGUUUCAUUUGAGGCGACCGAAGGGAAAUAAGGUACCCGUUCUGUUACAUGCUCGAUUGUUGGUUAGAAUUAGCGGCUAAAAAGAGUAAAGCCGGAGUAGAUAUUGUAGAGGCAAAUAUGAAUAAUGUUUACAUUGAUUCGUUUA